AUGCGGCGGGCGGCGGUCCUCGUGGCUAUCCUGCUCUCCCAUACGUUUACAAUAUGCGUACGUGCAGGAGGCUAUGACGAGCGGGGCUUGACGGACCGGACGCUCGACCAGAUCGGUGGGCCCAGUGGUGUGAAGCGUGGUGCCGUCGAGGAAAGCGGCCGGUUGGACCCGGCGACGCUGCGAUCGAGGUGGGAGGCGGCCGCGCGCGGCGACGCCCCCGAGUCCAAGCCAGCAGCGUCAGCUGUCCCGGAGGAAGAGCGCUUGGCGAAACCUUCGGAUGAAAUAGGCAGGGCUCCCGCGGGCAACGAGACGAAUCGGACCAUGGCUCCCGCGGGCAACGAGACGAAUCGGACCAAUACCACGGAGGAGUCCGUGACGGGUGGAGAAGAUUCCUCACCGCGAGGCGAGGGUGAGGCAUCUCCCACAGAAUCCAUAGAAGACCUCGAGGCUGAGGAUCUUCGCCCAGCCAUGGAUGCCGCGGAGGCAAGGGCGAAGCAAGCGAGGGAAGCCGACGAGCUCGAGCGGCUUGCUGACGAAGCCAGAGAAGAGUUUGGCAGCAGCAUGUGCAAACGAAGUGAAUCGGCACUAAUAAGCGAGCCGCUAGCGUUUUUCGGGGACGAGGACAUGCGCCCGGGGUACCUCGUCAGCUUCGGCGACUCCAAGGAUGCGGAAAUCGUCACAAAAUGGUGCUACUCUUCCGGAGUCCGACACCUCGACACAAAUGUUUUCCAACUGAUGAACGAUCCACUCUACAGAUACACCGUUCAUCAACCGUGGGAGUUGUAUCCCGAUGAAUUCGGAUGGAAGACACCCGAGAAUAGGGGUCAUGCUGCGGCGAUAUGCUUUGACCAGAAAUACAAUCGAACACGAUGGGUGUACUGGCUUGUGUAUGGGAUGGCGCCUGAUCCGCCGUACCAUCAGCCAUACAACACCUCGCACAAGUAUGAAGGGGUGCCGCCAAACACGAUUGAGCGCGUGGGGCAUCUGCUGACGCUGACGAUAAAACAUCACGGACCUUGGAUCGAGGCUGUCACUCUCGCAUCCAACUCUUGGGAUCUGUCCAGGAUUGUCGAGAAUAAAUUUGAGUUCCAUGAGUCCGAGUGGAUCGCGAACGCAACCGCUGUGAUUUCCGAGAUUAAGCGGCACUCCAAGAGUAUCAUAUUGCGAACAUCAACGCUCGACUAUCGCUAUCAGCAUAAGUCCGCGUUUCUCUCUGAUCGACUCAACUGCGCGAUGCGCAAGCUGAGUCGUACUCUUAAAAUUCCCUUGGUGGACGUGGACGAAUGUUUGCUUGGGGUCCCCUCGCAUCGGCGGGUGAUCAAUGGCGAUAAGUUACAUCAAUCUACGCUUUGCAGCGUGUUGAUUGCGGGGUGCGUGAGGGCGGAGGUGGAGCGAAGCGGGUUCGGAAUGUGGUAUGGAUGGGCGUUUCGGGACGAAGGAGACUCUGGCGACGCGAAAUCAGUUUGGCUACCAAGUUUUAGAAGGUGGCGCCAAAUAGGGUAG